AUGCACGACGAAGGCGCUUCCCAUCGGCAAUCCGCGCGGCACCUCAAUCGGCAGCCCCAUCGGCGCCCCAUCGAACUACUCGGGGUAGCAGUCACCAAAAAAAAACAGACGCGGCGCAAGGUCUUGGCUCUCUUAUGUGCGCUCGCGGCCGCCGCCGGUCUCGCGCGGCUGCUCUGGGCGCAGUCACCAAAGGUCGUCAUGAAACAACGGCCGCGCGCGCCCCUCGCCGCCGUACGGCCGCGCGCGCUGCCCCUCGCGGCCGUCUACACAGUCUACACCUACGUCGCGGGCUGCGGCGACGACAUGCGCGGCGCCUGCCAGACCUCCAUCGAGGCGCUCCUCGACCAGGAGUUGCCGGGCGUGCCGCGGCGCAGCUUCGCGUACCUCGCCGCCGGCGUCGCGUACCGCGCCGCUCUGGAGGCGAUCGCCAGCGGGCGGGACGAGGGCUACGUCCUGGUGCUCGUUCCCGAUGAAGACGAAGACGACGUGCUGGCCGAAGUGUACCCGCUGCUCCACGCCGCGUUCGGCGAGCACCUGCGCGGCUUCGACCACAUAUCGGCGGGCUGCCUUCCCCAGAACUGCGGUCCGCGCACCCUCGCGGUGCCGCCGCCGCUCGCGCGGGGCUGGCCCCCGGCACCGGCCGAGGAGUGGUGCUUCGAGGUGUACUACGGCCCGUCCCCGCGCGGGCCCCUCGUCGCCUACACGGACAUGUCCACCGGGCUCUUCACGCGGGAGGGGGCCCAGCGCUACCUCGACGCGUUCCGGCCGGGCGACAUUGUCCUGCAGAACGCCCCGGCCCAAUGCGUCGCCUGCUCGCUCCACGAAGAGGAGUGGAGGUGUAAGCUGCGCGCCCCUGAGCGCGAGGACGACGUCCUGGCCAGCGAGCGCCAGCUCCGGCGGCUCCGGUUCCCGCCAGUGCCGCGCGUGACGUUGUAUCAGGUGUUUCGCCGGCCCGUGCCGGCGGACAUUGUGGCGCAGAACUUGGCGAACAUCCCGAUCCCGGUCCGCUACUCGUUUAUUUACGACGGCGAGGAUCUCCGCAGAUACUUUGUGGAACACUCAGAUCCACGACUAUUACCACUGUUCGAUUCGCUCAAGUUCGUGGCGUGGAAGGUGGACUUGUGGCGGUACUGCCGCCUCUACGAAGAGGGCGGUCUUUAUUUAGACGCUGAUGCGCUGCUCCUCCGGCCGCUAUCGACGGAGGCCUUCGAGCACGACUGCAUCUUUGUGUACGACCCGGUGGGCCGGAAUGUGUGGAACGGGCUGCUCUACGCGAGGGUUCGACGCAGCGUCCUCGAACUAAUGUCGCGGUGACGGCGUUAUCAUCGACGUUUCACGCAGGCGCCCGGCAACCCGAUGCUCAAGGCGGUCAUCGAGUUCAUGAUCGAAGCUGGCCCCUCGCGGUGGGGCGGCGUCCGCGGCAUGCCCCAUCAUUUCCACUACAACAUUGAUUAUCUGUGGGCCGAAGUCAAGCGGUAUUUUGGCGUUCCCGCGGAGCUCAUAGAAUGGCGCAGCGUCGAGGGCGCAUGGGUCCCCGCGGUCUCACUACGAGCGCCGAACACGCGGACGGGAGAUACUCUCUCGUGCUACAUGAUCAGCGGCCGGUAUGAAAAGUACGCGACGGUUAACGGGGUGAAGCUGAUCGAAUACAAGAACCGGCGCUACCCCUACUACGACCCGGUCCAAGGCCUCGAAGCAGCGGCGGCCGCGCGGACGAACCACGUUCUAGCCCCCCGGACGCCCGUGCACCCGAAAGACUGGGGCUUCCCCGGGGAUAGAACUUGAACUCUUA